AUGGAUGAGAAGAUCAAACAGGAUGACUGCCAUCUGGAGCCCGACGCUCCAACAGUUGUCUCUGAAAAGGGUGUGCUGUUGAGAACCAGUGCAAGAGUGUCCAAAAAAUUACGUAUGACGCCGGUGUCUACUUCACCCGGACCCAGUUGCACCAAAAUAGACUCAAAUGAUGCUCCAGUUUUCAAGUCUUCCAAAAUUAGGCGUGAACUUUGGUCAGCUGAAGAUACCAAUUCUUUUUUUGAAGGCUUAAAUGAGUUUGGCAAAGAUUUUGAAUCAAUUCAGUGGUUUAUGGUGAACCGAGCUAAACGUAAAGGUUCUUGUGAACAAGCUAUUAAAAGUAAAGAACAGUUGAGGCACUUUUAUUAUCGAACAUGGCACAAAAUUUGCAAAUAUAUCGAAUUUCCAAAAGAAAUGCAAAAAGUAGUGCAAGAGCUUUAUGGAUUGAUCAACUAUGGCGAACUUAAACAAAGGGUUGGAUUCUGUAAUGAUAAAAAUUGGUCAAAAUUGUAUGAAAUGAUUUAUCAUGGUUCAACUAAAGUUAGGAGUAAAGGAAAAUUGUGGAAAGUUAAAACACCUCAUUGUAGAGCUUUGAGGAAGCUCAACUGUCUUGAAGAUACAAUUGGAGACUUAAAAUUACCAGGAAAAGUGAGUGUUGAAUUAAGGCCUCGAGAUAUGGAUACAUGGUCUUUAGUGCAAUCACUUGCCAUGAAUCCUCGUAUUAGAGCAACAGUUGAGUUACAGAAACCUUUAUCUAUGCUUUUGGCAUUUUUAGAAAAUAGAUGGCAAACAGAAAAUCGAAAACUUCGUGAACAAAUACACAGAGUUAAAACACUAGAAGUUGAUCAAGAAUCCAAGAGAAUUCUAAGAGUUGCUCCUGCUACUGGUGUUAAUAUUACUCCUAUUAGUGUUAAUUUUAGCGAUAUUGAAAAUACAAAUGUUAGUUUAUUAGCUCAUAGAAACACUCAUGGAAUUUCUAAAGAAUCAGUAGAUUCAAUUCUUCAAAAGUUUCCUUCCACGAAAGUUCAAAAACCAUAUGUCAAACGGGUGCGCACAGAAACAGUUAAUUCAGCAUCUGGAUCAUCUGGGAGUCAAGAAAGUAGUUUGAAUUCAUGUCCGUCAACAAUGUGUCCGAUAUCAGAUGUGAUUUACGAUAGUGAAAAAGGCUUGGAUAUUCUAAUGGCAAGUCCUCCCAAAAACGAUCCAGUUAUUUCAUCACAUGACCAAGAAAAAGAGAAGAAAGAAGAAUUUAUUGCAAGAGUCAAACAGGGAUGGACAUUGGCCAAUGUUGAAACUAUUAAAAUUGGGGAACUUUAUCUCAUAUGUGGUGGUGAAUCUAAAAUUCAACUUGAGUAUUGGUUUGAAGAUUGCGUUGAAGCUACCAGUCAAAAUCGAAUAUCCCAAUCGCUCAAUAAACUCAUUUCUAUUGCUCAGUAUAAUUUAACUUCUUCUAAAGGCUGUUCAUGCGGUUCUGUGAAUAAUAAACCACAUAGUUUGCCAAGACAGACUGAGAUUAAAACAGAGGUGGAUCAAAGUCAGCGUGGUGCAUACUCGUUAGUCAGUGGCUGUAAAGUUAUGGUUAACCCAUCAUCAGUAUUUAGACGACCUUUGCAGCCAAAACCUUUACAUUCGACUGGUUCAUUCAAAGCUCAACUUGAUAAAUUGCAACCAAGGUAUUGUAAUCGAACAGGUCGACCGAGUAAUAAACAUGUAGGCAUUGUUCAAAAACUUCUGCCACUUCAACCCAAGACCAGUUUAACUAUUGUGCAAACAUCUAACUUCAGACCCAUUGUGCCAGCAAUCAAUUCUGAACAUAAUCAGAUAGUGGAAGGCGAAAAAUGUGAUAUUAACCAAGUAGAUCAAGCCCCACUUUCACCAAAAAAUGUGUGGGAAUCCCCUGAUGAAGAUAUUCCGGAUGAUGUAAGUAUCACAUCAUCGGCUAUAAACAGGUUAAUGGACAUAGCGUUGCCGUCCAUGAACGAACUCUCGGCUCCAAAUUUUUCUGGUCUUUUAUCAAACUGUAGUAGUUCAACAUCUGCUAUUAGCUUAACAACACCAUCCACUAGUCCUUCUAGACUUUUGAAGGACGAUAGCAAUCAAUGGCUAAAUCCAGAUAUGGACUUUUCAUUAAGUAGUUUCCUAGGUCAUCUGGAUAAAGAACAAAUGGCUGAAUCAACAAGGAAUGAUGAUCAAAAAGUUAUUUCAAAUGAUGUGGAAGCCCAAUUUCAGUGUCUUAUGAGUGAGAAUAGCGUGGAUUACACUGCUAAGUUUGCAGAUUUAGCAGCCCAAGUGGCUGCAAGCAAUAACAACUGCCAGUAA